AUGUGGGCCGCGUUAGCGGGCCACAUGGCUGCCGCGCCGUGCGUCUCGUCUCCCUCCGCCGUGCCUGUGCCUUUCGCCGCGGUCGGCGCACGCCACGCCUUCGCUCCUGUCCUUCGCCACGCGUCGCCAAGGCUGACGGGCGUCUGCCUCGCUUCCUUUCUUCUCCUCGGCUCUCUCCUUGGAGCGGCAGGCGCCUCGUCGCCGACGCCGCCUUUCUCUCCACAGAAUGACGCCACUCACCCAGCGCCUCAACAGUCUCCUCUCGCCACGGAAGACGCCGCGAGUGUCCCGUCGCCUUUCAAUGCUUCAAAAACGCAGGCGGCCUCGCUGUCUCUCUCGGAGCCUUCCUCCGUGUGCGCCUCUCUGCCUCCGCCCUAUGUGGUCUGGGACGCCUCCCUGGCGGAUUUCAACCCUUGCUUCGAGCGCCUGUUUCUUCCCCUCCUGCCUUUUCUCCCCCUCCUCUUCGCCUUGCCGCUCUUCUGCGCCUCGGCUCCCCGACGCCGCUCUCUCGCGCCUCUCGACCGGCAACGCGCGGGCCUUCUCCUCGCCCUCGCCGCGCUCCUCCUGCUGUCUCUGCUCCUCCUCCAAGUCCUCCUUCCGGCCUUUGCGCUCCUCCUUCAUGCUUCCGUACCCAGCUUUCUUCAGCCUUUCGCGCCGGACUACGCAUGGAUGCUGGCCGCUCAAGGCGUCUUCUUCCUCCUCCUCCUUGCCCUCCUCCUCGCCGAGGCUCGACGGCGACUGCCGGAAAACAACGGCCUCAGAGCCGCUCUCCUUCUCGCCACUGCUGUCCAGUUCCUCUGCAUGCAAACCGCGGUCCGAACCGUUCUCAAAACCCACGCAUGGGGGGGCUGGGAAAGUAUCGAAACCGCCGUCUCCUUCUUGCUCCUGAUCCUCACGUGGAGAUACUGCCUCCUCAACCGCCCCACAGAUCGCAUCCGCGAGAGCCGGGUUUUCCCGUUUCCUCGCGUGCGGAGCGAGGCGAUUGAGACUUCCGUCUCUCUGGCGCCGCGAGAAGACGGCCACGCGCGCUGGCGAUUUCGCCGCCGCGAAGAAGACUCCAGAGCAGCUCCGUUGCUGGCCGAUGAAGAGAGCCCCGUGGACUCUGAGGCAGAAGGCGAGCUGUCUGGAGAGGAGGGCGCUGAAGACCGGUUCCACGGCGAGAGCACAAAGUGUCUCCUUCCCGAAGUCCGUGCGAGUCUCUGGUCGAGGCUGACAUUCUCCUGGCUCUCGCCGCUCGUCGCCAAAGGCAAGAAACAGUCGCUGACCCAGAACGAUCUUUACGUCCUUCCCGCCUCGCGGAGAACGCAGGUUCUCGCAGAUGCUCUCGAGGUGGCGUGGAAAGCGGAAGAAGAGAAGUAUCGGACGCUGAUCCCGAUAGCGACGCAGCCUCGGUCGUUUCCGUUUUCUCUCUUUCGAAAGCGACAGAAAGCGAGUUUCUUCCGCGUCCUCGUCAGAUGCUACGGAUGGCACUGCAUACUGCCCGCGUUCCUGAAACUCACCUACGACCUCCUCCAAUUUGUCGGACCCGUGAUGCUCCACCAAAUCAUUUCCUUUCUCAGCCGAAGCGACACAACGGCCGACAGCAUGACGACGCUGUUGGAAGGAGUGUCGUACGCGGGGCUCUUGCUGGCGUCCAACGCCGUGCAGUCUUUCGUGCUGCAUCAGUACUUUCACUUGCAAAUGAAGCUGGGCAUGCAAAUUCGCGUCUCGGUGGCCUCGCUGAUCUACCGGAAGGCGCUGCGUCUGACGCCUGGCGUCAAGAACGACGCACAGGGAGAAGCGUCUGCUCACAGCACCGGGAAAGUCGUGAAUUUGAUGUCAGUCGACGCCCAGCGUCUCCAAGACCUAAUGCUCUACCUCCACAUCCUCUGGUCCGGUCCCGUCCAAAUUCUCGUGGCGCUCGUUCUCCUCUUUCACCACGUCGGCCUCGCAGCCCUCGGCGGCGUCCUCGUCAUGGUCAUCGGCAUCCCCGUCACAGGCAAGCAACUCCCCAGCUGGGAGGAGAGAAAGAAAGACUCUCAACCAAAACAAAGAGAGAAAGAGAUACACCAGUGUAGACGCACACACGAAUUCGUGGAGAUAUGUUCAUAUAUAAAUAUACAUGUAUUUAUUUGUACAGGAUUUGUGUCCCGGCGAAUCAAGGUGUUGCAGAAUCGCGUCAUGUCGGCUCGGGAUGAGAGGGGGAAGGUGACUAGCGAGUUUUUGUCGGCGAUGAAGAUCAUCAAGUUGUACGCGUGGGAAGAGAGUUUCGCGGGGUUCAUUACCAAACACCGAGUGCGCGAACUGAGCCUGUUGUGGACGUACCAGCUCACCAACAACUGGAUGCGUUUGCAGUGGCUAGGCAUGCCUCUCGCUGUCUCCUCGACGACCUUUGGGCUCUACGUCUGGCGACACGGCGAGCUCGAUCCAGCGACGGCCUUCACCGCUCUCGCUCUCUUCAACGCCCUCGGAUUUCCCAUGCAGAUGGUCCCCGCUACGAUCAACAACUCCGCCGAGGCCAGCACGUCGGUAGCGCGAAUCCAGCAAUUCCUCAACCUCCCCGAGCGCGCGGGUCUCCCACCCUCCCUCUCCCUCGCCUCCGCCCACGCCCUCGUCGACAUUCGUCCCGAUGCGGAGGAGACAGGCGAAAAGGAGACAAGCGAAAGGGAGACAGGAGAGGAGACAGGCGAGAAGGAGGGGCGAGAGUCGCGGAGACACGGUGGGAAGCGCAGAGGCGACACGAAGGAAGAAAACGGGCGCGACGCGACUGAAAAGCGCCGAGUGUCUCUGCCGCCUUCGCUGCCAAAGGGAAUGGUGGCGGUCGAUGUGAAGGAUUGCGACGUUUCCUGGCCGAACGGGGCGACUCUCUUUGAAGGCUUGAAGCUCCAGUGCCGCGCAGGAUCUCUGACGGCGAUCAUUGGACCGACUGGAAGUGGGAAGAGCGGUUUGUUGUCGACGCUGUUGGGAGACACCGCGGUCGUGCCCGCCGCGACGGCUGCAGCCCCGGCGAUUUCCCUGCUUCCCAGCGCUGCGCCGCCCGUCUCCGUCGUCGCGCGCGUGGCGUACGUGGCUCAGGAACCAUGGAUUCAGAACGCAAGUCUCCGAGACAACAUCCUCUUCGGCUCCCCGUUUCUCCCCAGCUGGUACGACUGCGUGCUCGACUGCUGCUCACUGCGUCCGGACAUCGCCGUGCUCCCCGCCGGCGACCAGACGGAGAUCGGCGAGAAAGGCAUCAACUUGUCUGGAGGACAGAAACAGCGCGUGGCGCUCGCCCGAGCGGUCUACGCCCAGUCGGACGUCUACCUUCUCGACGACUGUCUCUCGGCCGUCGACGCCCACGUCGCGUCCCACAUCUUCCAGCGCUGCAUUCGCGGCAUCCUCCGCAACCGCACGGUCCUCCUCGUGACGCACAAACUCAGCCUGGUCCUCCCCGCCGCCGACCACGUCGUCUUCCUCUCCAAGAAAAAGAUCUUCUUCGACGGACAGCUGGAGGCCCUCCAAAAGCUGUCGGAGUUCCAGGCCUUCUCUCUGCAACAGGAGCGCGAAGAAGCGGAACGCGAGCGUCAGCUGGAAGAAGAGAAGGAAAGCGACAGUUUCUGUUCCGCGCUCCAGCGCGAGCCGGCGAGUGCCGCGAGGAACCACGAGACUGGAAACGAAGAGGAAGCCGUUAAAGUCGACUGCGAGGAAACUCCGGAGACCCACGCGAGCGAUCGAGAGAAGACCGUUUCGACGUCUUCGGCCGUGGCCGUGCACGUCGACGAUUCGAGAGGAACGCAGUCGGAUGCGAGACACGGCGCGCUGAUCGAGGAAGAGCGCCUCCUUCACGGACGCGUCGGGAUAUCUGUUUACUUGGAAUACCUCAAGGGGGCCGGCGGAUUCGCAAUCGGAUCUAUGGUGGUUGCCUGCUUCGCCGUCUCCAACGUCAUUCUAGUCCUCGCAAAUCUCUGGCUGUCGCACUGGUCCGACCACUCGGCCCCCAGCGACGCUCCCACCCUUCACGCAUCUUCUCGGUCGUCUUUCCGGUCCCUUCUGUGCUUUUUGUUUCCGUCCUGGUCGUGCUCCGAGGCGCAGGAGGCGCUGCACGAUGCCGUGUCCGUACACCAGGGGUUCGGCGUCUACGUCGGCCUCGUUCUCCUUCACUUGUCGGUCGCGAUGAUCGGGUACUCGGUCAUGGUUGGAGGUGCGCAGGCCGCCGCCAAGUUCUUCCACGAACGGCUGCUCAAGGCCGUCACAGACGCGCAGAUGUCCUUUUUUGAUUCCACGCCUCUGGGGCGGUUGCUCAAUCGUUUCACGCGCGACCUGAACGUGGUGGACGAGACGCUGCCGCAGACUCUGGCCAUGUACACGAAUUUGUGGUUCAAGGCGCUGGCGACGUUCACGGCGAUUGCCUUUGUGUUUCCGCUCUUUGUCCUCUUUCUCUUGCCUCUCCUCGUCUUUUACCGGUACGUGCAAAACUACUACAUUCCGACGUCUCGGCAGUUGCAGCGUCUCCAGUCGCUGCUGCGUUCGCCGAUUUUCCAGGAUUUCUCAGAGACACUCGACGGGGUGGCAACCAUUCGCGCCUUCCGCCAGCAAACCCGCUUUCGGCGGCAGAGCGAAGAGAAGAUGGACGCCGAACUCGAAGCCUGCUACCUCUACGUGGCCUCGAAUCGAUGGCUGGCUCUCCGCCUCGAGUUCGUCGGCACCCUCGUCGUCACCUUCACGGCCUUCUGCGCAGUCCUCGCAAAGUCGCGAGCCGCCGUGCUUGACGUCUUUGCCCCUUUCUCCGCCAGCGCUCUCGCGGCCGCUGGCGUCGACGAGGCUGCCGUCCGUCCUGAGGGUUCGAAGCCUGCAGAGGCGACCGUUCUCUCCGUGCUUCUCUGGCCCGUAGCUGCGCUGUUCUCCCUCGCCUUCGCGCCUCUCGCGGACGUGUUCUCGGCGCCGUCCCCGCUGCGCGCGCGCUCCCUCGCGGCGGCGCUGUCGCCCGGUCUGGGCGGCCUCGCAAUCUCGUACGCGCUGAACAUCACUCAGCAUCUCAAUUGGUUGGUGCGGACGGCCAGCGACACCGAGAGCAACGUCCUCGCCGUGGAGCGCAUCAAAGAGUACGCAGACACCAUCCCCAGCGAGAAGCUGGAGCCGAGGAAUCCGUGGCGCGCGCGAGCAAGAGCGCAAAGUGCAUGCGGCCCAGAAGGCGAGAACGCAACCAGAAAAUCCAGCACGGACGGCCUUCCCAGCGGCUGGCCAGCAGAAGGCCGCGUCGUCCUCGACUUCUUGAGUGCGCGGUACCGACCGGAGGCGCCUCUCAUCAUCAAGGGAAUCACCGCCGAGUUCAAACCGGGCGAAAAAAUCGGCCUCGUGGGGCGCACCGGCGCUGGCAAGAGCACAUUGCUCCACACGCUCCUUCGCCUCGUCGAACCCGCGAGCGGUUCAGUCCUCGUCGACGACGUGGACACUCAGGACGUUCCUCUCCGUUUCCUCAGAUCCAAGUUCUCCAUCAUCCCCCAAGACCCGAUGCUGUUUUCGGGGACGAUUCGCUUCAACGUCGACGCCCUCGAGCAGCACACCGACGACGAAGUCUGGCAGGCGAUCGAACGCGCUCACCUUGCUUCCCACAUUCUCGCCCUUUCUUCCUCUUCCUCUUCUUCCUCUUCCUCUUCUUCCUCUUCUUCACAAAGUUCGCCCCAGCAGGGAGACGCUGUGCAGAGCGCGUGGGGUGUCGACACAGCCGAGAGCGCUGAACGCGGCAGCUAUCGGCCGCUGGAGGACAAAGACUUCUGGAGAAGCCGAAAGGCUGCGUUGGAUACGCUCGUCGAGGAAAACGGGAAAAACUUCUCCAUGGGGCAGCGACAGCUCCUCUGUUUGGCGAGAGCGCUUUUGCGGAAGAGCAAGAUACUUCUGCUGGAUGAAGCGACGUCUGUCGUGGACCCUCGGACCGACAUUCUGAUCAAGGAGACGAUUCGGCGAGACUUCAGCGACUCCACGCUCAUCACCAUCGCCCACAAACUGGAAACCAUCAUGGACUACGAUCGAAUCCUGGUGAUGGCCGAUGGAGAAGCCCGCGAGUUCGAUACGCCCGCGGCUCUGUAUCGCAACCCGAAAAGUAUUUUCCGCAGUUUCUGCAUCGAGGCAGGCGUCGCGCCUUCGAACUUAACUUCGGUCUGA